CUCAUAAAAACCAACAAAGGCAAAGCAAAUGUGACCCCAAAAUCAAAAUCGAAGCUAUUUCAAUUCUCUCACGCUGACCUAAAAUAAAAACCCCCAAAAUUAUAUAAAUUUUUUUUUUAAUUUUUAUUCCGAUUUUCACACCAAAAACCGGCUCUUCAUCUUCUCGAGCUUCAGCUACAAUCAAACACAGCUUUCUUCUUCAUCUUCGUCUUCUUCUCUCAAACCACAACCAGGGUUGGUCGGUUGUUAAAAUGAGCCGGCCAAGUACUCGGAGUAAAAACAAACGAAAUAAGCAAGGGGAUAAUGGUGACACCACUUCUGAAAUAUUGCGGAAAAUUCAUGCAACGGGUGAAAUAACAAACCAGGAUAUAAACACACUGUAUAAAAUUUCAAAGCCGGUUUGUCAGGGCUGCCGUGUGAAUACUAAAGACAAUCCGAAUUGCUUUUGUGGGCUAAUUCCACCUCCUAAUGGCAGUCGGAAAUCUGGCUUGUGGCAGAAGACAUCUGAGAUUCUGCAAAACCUUGGCCCGGACCCUUCUCAGGAUCUUCGUUCUUCUGAUGACUGUCCUGCAGGCCUCACAAAUCUCGGUGCGACAUGUUAUGCUAACAGCAUACUCCAGUGUUUGUAUAUGAACAAGCCCUUUCGCGAAGGUAUCUUCUUGGUUGAACCUGAUGUCUUGGAACAACAGCCGGUGUUGAAUCAACUUUCUCGGCUUUUUGCACAGUUGCAUCUCAGCAAAAUGGCUUUCAUAGACUCAUCCCCAUUUGUGAAAACUUUGGAGUUGGAUAAUGGAGUUCAACAGGACAGUCAUGAAUUUCUAACGUUAUUGCUGUCUUUGUUGGAACGUUGUCUAAGCCACUCUAAAAUUUUGAAGGCAAAAGCUAUUGUUCAAGAUCUUUUCCGUGGAAGUGUGUCACAUGUUACGAGGUGCUCAAAAUGUGGAAAAGACUCUGAAGCUUCUUCAAACAUGGAAGACUUUUAUGAAUUGGAGUUGAAUGUGAAGGGUUUGAAAAGUUUGGAUGAGAGUUUAGAUGAUUACCUCAGUGUUGAAGAGCUUCAGGGAGACAAUCAAUAUUUCUGCGAGUCAUGUAAAACAAGAGUUGAUGCUACUCGAAGCAUCAAGUUGCGCACAUUGCCUACUGUUCUGAAUUUUCAGCUUAAGCGAUGUGUUUUCCUUCCAAAGACGACAACAAAGAAGAAGAUUACAUCUGCAUUUAUGUUUCCUGGAGUACUUGAUAUGAGGCAGAGGCUAUCUGAGCCUUCUCAGAUUGAAUCAAUAUAUGACUUGUCAGCUGUGCUGAUUCACAAGGGAACUGCAGUUAACAGUGGCCACUAUGUAGCACAUAUCAAGGAUGAGAAGACAGGGCAAUGGUGGGAAUUUGACGAUGAGCAUGUCUCAAACUUAGGGACUCACCCGUUUGGAGAAGGGACUUCUAGUUCCAAUAGCAAGCCUCUUAAACCUGAAGCAGUUAACCCAUCUUGCUCAGAACAGAUGAAUGGUGUUUCUAAUGGUGAUAAGAUGGAUAUUGAUCACCAACAACCUUCAGAUUCUAUUACUAGUUGUGAUGUGGAGACAUUUUCAUCAAGUGAUGCAUAUAUGCUGAUGUAUAAUCUCAGGCAUUCCUGGAAGGAUAAUGGGAAAACCCAUGUUGAAUGUAAUGCCAAUAAUAUGAAGAUAGAAGAUGAUAGUGUUUCUGGUUCUCUUCCAUUUAAUCUUUGUGAAGAGAUUAAAAGCAGUAAUGCAUUAUAUCUUGAAUCUUGCCGAAAAUACACAUUUAAGAAGGAAGAAGAGAUGAGUUGUAUCAAAGAAAGAAGACAGGAAGUGCGCUCAAUUUUGUCUGAAGCUCCUGUUCGAUCACUUGAGGAACCAUUUUUUUGGGUUUCAACAGAUUGGCUUCGUCAGUGGGCUGACAACAUUACUCCACCUGUUCUUGACAACAGCUCCAUCCAAUGCAUGCAUGGAAAGGUUCCAGCAUCUAAGGUUGGCUCCAUGAAGCGGUUCUCAGCUGAAGCUUGGACCAAGUUGUUCUCUAAGCACAAUGGGGGGCCAAUUCUGACCAAUGAUGACUCCUGCACGAUUUGCCUUAUUGAUGGGGCUCGAGAUGUGGUCUCUGCUGACAGCUAUAGGGAUAGGAGAAUAUUAAUGAAGCAAGUUGCUGAGGAUGCCAUUGCAGGGAGGUGUUCAGAUGGAACAUACUAUGUUUCUAGAUCAUGGUUGCAGCAGUGGCUUAAAAGAAAAAUUCUUGAUGCUCCAUCUGAAGCUGAUGCAGGACCAACAGUUUCAAUCAGGUGUCCUCAUGGACAGCUUUUGCCUGAGCAAGCCCCUGGUGCUAAGAGAUUGCUUAUUCCAGAGAUCCUCUGGCUCUUCCUUUAUCAAGAUGCUUUAACAGUAAAACCUGCUGAGGACCUGGGUUGUUCAACUUUUCUCUCAGACUCUCUACAGUGUUCUGAGUGCAGUGAUGAACUAUCUGAAGUUGCAUGCAUGGAGGAUUCUUUAAGAUUGGUCAGGGAAAAACAGCGCCAGACUCAUGAUAAAUUGGCUGCCGGGAAAAGUAUUCCUCUUUCUCUGCAUUGCAAGUAUUACUUGAUACCCUAUUCUUGGCUUUCAAAAUGGAGAACCUACAUCAACGCAGCCGGAAGGAAUAUUUCUUCAGUAGAGAAACCGGAAACAUUAGAUGGCAUCAUGGAUUUGAUCAAGUGUGAAAAGCACUCACGACUUCUAGAAAGGCCUGUUGAUCUGGUCUGUAAACGUGGUUUGAUUUCACAAAAGUCUUCCCCUGUGGAUGGGUUAAUAUUCAUUACUGAGAGUGACUGGAAAUCCUUCUGUGAGGAAUGGCGUGGUAUUGAGGAAAAAGGUGCAUCUGCUGAAAUCAAGUUAAGUAAUACUGAAGGAAAUAACUUGGCAGAGUCCUCUGAUGAUAUGCAAAUCUGUGAGGAGGACUUGAGUACUCCAAAUCUCGUGAAUAGUGAAGUUGAUUCUAGAUCGCUUGUGAUUAGGACUUUCCCUGAGAUAUGUGAGGACUGCAUUGGAGAGAAAGAAAGCAGGGAGCUAAUGCGAAAGCUUGAGUACUGCAAUGAGGAUAUAUAUGUAUACUUGGUACAUGGCAAGGAAGCUCCAAAAUAUAUUUUACAAGCAUCUGAGACUAGUUUUGAUCCAGAUCGCCGAGUUUCCAAGCGCUCUCGAAAGACAAACACCGGAGAUCAAAUAAGUUUGAAAGUCUCUGGUUCUACAUCGAUAUACCAGUUAAAAAUGAUGAUAUGGGAAUCUUUUGGGGUUGUUAAGGAAAACCAGAUACUUCACAAAGGCACCCGAAUAAUUGAUAGUGAAUGUGCUACUCUGGCAGACUUGAACAUAUUCCCAGGGGAUAAGCUUUGGGUGACUGAUUCAGAAGUCCAUGAGAACCGAGAUAUUGCUGAUGAGCUUUCUGACCAAAAAAUGGAUGUUCAACACACUGAAGAGGGUUUUCGAGGGACACUUUUGACGACAAAUAUCCCAUCCCAAGUUGUUUAAGAAGCAUGUUUUUGCUAGUUAAAUGUCAAUAUCCAGGGUUUUGUAAAUAUUGACUGAGGGGAGGUGACUUGAAUUUUUAAUCUUCAGACGGCAUGUUGGAAGACCUGCAUUUUUAGAAGCAGUUCUUGAACCUAGUAUUGGUGAGCUUCCUGCACCUAAGAAGGCUGGUCCAAUGUGUAAAGUAGAUCGCCCUCUCCCUUCCCCUACCCCGUAAGAGGAUGUGUCUCGUGGUCUGAGUGUUCUUGUUCUAUCCAGUCCUGGUCAUUUUUCUGUUCAUAAGGAUGUUAGCGUGCCUUUUUAAUCUUUUGUCCAAAUGUACAUGUUGUGAAAAGUGUUUCGAGUGUGAUGCUUCUUUAUUCAGUAGCUAAUAACUUCUGCGGUUACUCAUCAUUGUACCAGUAAGCCUUUGAGUAUUAAUAAAUCGAUUUUCAUGUGUUAGUUCC